AUGGCUGAAGAAUUCCGGCGCCUCUGGGAGACUCUGACGCGGUACCGACGUCCCCGGCCAGAUUCGUACAGAGUACCCUACUGGUAUAGUAGAGUCAAGGAAUUGAGGCGUCUCGACGAGGUCAUCGAGAUUGCAAAUGAGAACGACAGGUACGGCGAGCCCAACAUUCUUGAGGAGACGGAUGGCGAUGGCCGGUGGAUGCUUCACGUCGCUGAACAUCACGAGCUCUGCCGAGAGACCACCAGAGCCCAAUGUCCUGUUUGUCACUUGGGAGCACAGAUAGGAAAGAGCCCAUGGAAGCCACAGUCCGAAAACCUCGCUCUCGUAGACCUUCACAACGCCGCCGCCGACGCCGGUGCGGAUGCUGAUAAGACUGUUGGCUACGUCCAUGGUCAGAGUCUCGAAACAGUGCAGCCUGAAGGCUCAUCCUCUUCACCAAUAUCCGGUGCUCACUUGUCAGGGCCGCAGGCUAGAACCGAAUCAUCAGCCAACAUAGGAUCACCCAUCUCACGAGAUACCCCAAAUGGUCACGGCGACGUGGCGGACAGAAACAAGGAGAACCACAAACGAACACAACCUCUCUUCGACACAAAUGAUUCGGGUACUUUCGAGUCCGACAGCAGCGACGACGAGGAUAUGAGUGCGGAUGCGGAUGACGCAGAACAGGAACGCAUAUUGCAGCUGUUCGAGGACUUCCCGACGUGCAUCCAAAAGGCCAGGCAUCUCCCCGCCAUAGAUAACGACAACCACGGCAUCAUGAUCGUCAGCAACCCAGAAUCAGGCUGGAGCCACCUCGACUCGGCGAGACUGCCGCCGAGGAUCCGGAAGUAUCUGGCAGAAUUCACCGUCCUCAACGCCGCGGCCUUUCCUGACGGUGUCUACCCGGACCUAGCGUCCAACGGGGCCGGCUCUCACCGCUGGCUACUAGCCACGGCGCGCAAGGAGUUCAUCUGCGACACUUCGACCCUGGACGAGCUGGCGGCAGAUAGUGCACAAAGAAAGAGGGUGCUCAUUCAGAAUUCAACAAACUUCCAGGAUCGUCACGGCCCUCGAACCCAAGGAAACUUUCGGGCUGGUCCGGCCCGCCGCAGACCAGUCAGAGGCCCCAGAGCCCUGCCAAGAUGCAACUGGCAAUUCUGGGACGAGCCAGACGACACAAAUCGCGGGCCGCAGAUCAUUGUCACGGAGCCGAGUGGGGAUUCCCACUACCUUAUCGACCCCGACACCUUUCGCCUCAAGGUCAGGCAGCAGCGCGGAUUCAGCUCUGGCCAGGCCACUUCCUAUGUCGAGAAGAGCAGGAUGGCGGACAAGGUGGAGGCGAUGGCCAGUUUCAGCGCUGAGGAGAUGGAUAUGUACGGCGACGAUGAAGACUCCACGCUUCCUUCGUAUACAUCGGGACGCAGCACAAGAUGGUGGCUGCGAUGGGGGAGAAUGUUCCUCAAGCCCGGGCCGCAGCCUCGCACCCUCCUUCCAUUGUACCACAACGACUCGCCCUUUGAUCCCGAGAAAGCGGGACUGCUUGGAUAUGACGGUGCUCAGGAUGAGAAACCUCGAGCGGAGAAAGAAGGCAUGGUUCGGUCCCCUGGGAUAGUUGGUACUUUGCGGAAUCUGGCGUGUUGCUGCUCGAAGUCCUGA